AUGACCAGCCGUUACCGCGUUGAAUAUGCGCUCAAAACCCACAGGAGGGAUCAAUUCAUAGAGUGGGUCAAGGGACUACUCGCGGUGCCGUUCGUGCUCUACUCGCAGCCAACCGGUGUCUUCGACGGCCAGGGAACCAGUCUCGUCAAGGCCAAGGAAGAGGCCCACCGGCGGUACAGUGAGAUUCUUCGGGACGUCGAGUUUAUGAUCGAUGACUACAUCACGCACCAGAAGGAUGACAAUCCCUUCCCCUCCAAGCUCAAGCUCCUUGUGCCCAGCAUUGGGAAUUUCUUCACCCGGCUUCCCCUCGAAGCGGCGUUCAAGUAUCAGGACCGGAAGAGAUACAUUUCCUCCCGGCGCUUCGUCUCCCCCUCUUUCAACGAUGUCCGCCUGAUCCUCAACUCGGCACAGAUCAUGGCUGUCACAACAUACGGGACACUGCAGCUAGCAACCUUUGACGGAGAUGUGACUCUUUACGAUGACGGCGAGAGCCUGGAACCCACCAGUCCCGUGAUUCCCCGUUUGAUAGAUCUCCUCCGCAAGAACGUAAAGGUAGGCAUAGUGACGGCCGCCGGCUACACCACGGCGGAGCGGUACUACUCUCGCCUGCACGGGCUCCUCGACGCCAUCGCGCUGUCGGCGGAGCUCUCGCCGUCGCAGAAGCAGAACCUAAUCAUCAUGGGCGGCGAGGCCAACUUCCUGUUCGAGUUCAGCGCGGGGUCGCCGCACCUCCUCGAGCCCGUGGACCGGUCCCGCUGGCUCACGCCCGAGAUGGCGGCGUGGUCCGACUCGGACAUCGCGGCGCUGCUCGACGUGGCCGAGGCGGCGCUGCGCGACUGCGUCCGCACCCUCAACCUCCCCGCGACGGUGAUGCGCAAGGACCGCGCCGUGGGCAUCGUCCCGACGGGCGGGCCCGACGUGCGCAUCCCGCGCGAGUCGCUCGAGGAGACGGUCCUCGUGGUGCAGAAGAUCCUCGAGGUCGGCGCCGCCGCCGCGGGGAGGCGCGUGCCCUUCUGCGCCUUCAACGGCGGCCGCGACGUCUUCGUCGACAUUGGCGACAAGAGCUGGGGCGUCGCCGUGUGCCAGCGCUGGUUCGGCGGCGUCGCCGCCGCCGACACCCUGCACGUCGGGGACCAGUUCCUCAGCGCGGGGGCGAACGACUUCCGCGCCAGGAGCGUCGGGACCACCGCCUGGAUCGCGAGCCCCGCCGAGACGGUCGAGCUGCUUGAUGAGUUGGCUGAUCUCAUGGGGAAGAAGCUGUCGUGA